GAUAGCAAAUAGAUUUUAUUGAAAAUAGUUAGUUAGUUAGUCAAUUAUCUCGCGUCAGUCGGGCAAGUUGUAAAUAAUUACAAUGAAAUUGUUGUUAUUUUUCGUUUGUUGUCUUUGGACAACGGCAAAUUGCGCAAAUAUUCUCGCCGUUUUUCCCACACAAGCGAGAUCUCAUUACAUCGUUAGUCAAAGACUCCUAUUUGAACUUGCCAAAUCAGGACAUCAAGUAACAGUCAUCACUCUUGUGCAAACGAAAAACCUUCCCGAAGGUUACAACGAAAUUUAUCUCGACUUUGGCGACGAAAUGGAUGAAAUUGCGAAAGGAUUGUUCAACAAAACAGACGAAAAUCAACUGGCAAGCGGAUCAAUAACGGGUUUCUUUCUGAAAAUGGUAGAUACGUCACGCAGAAUUUUGUUACACGAAAAAGUCCAAAGUCUCAUGAAAUCAAAUGCGAAAUUCGAUUUGUUCGUUUUUGAGAUUUUCAUGGAUGAAGCAUUGCUUGGUUUAGCACAUCACUUCAAAAUUCCCGCAGUUGGCAUAUCAACAAUUGGCGUUUCACGUUGGGUUGAAGAAUUUACAGCAACACCGAUGCCCUAUUCGUACAUUCCUCAUGCCCUCUUGAACUUUCAAGAACAAAUGACGUUCUCCGAAAGAUUUAUCAACACAAUUGCGAGUCUUUUCGAAGAAGGGCUUUUACGAUUUUUGCUUUAUCCCAAAAUGGAAGAAAUUUAUAAUGAAGUAUUUCCUGAUCCAAAGCCGGAUUUUUAUACGUUGCGAAAAACAGCGAUCUCUUUGACUCUGUUGAACAGUCACAUUAGUUUGGGAGGCACGAAACCGAUGAUGUCGAACAUGAUUGAAGUCGGAGGGAUGCAUGUUGAGCUGAAAACGAAACCUUUACCGAAGGAUAUGCAAGAUUUUAUCGAUUCAGCAGAACAUGGAGUCAUUUAUUUCUGUCUCGGAUCGAAUGUUCGCCCGAAAUAUAUGCAUGCGGAGAAGAAACAAGCAAUUUUAAGAGCUUUUAGUAAGAUGAAGGAGAAGGUUAUUUGGAAAUUUGACGACGAUACUUUGGAAUAUGACAAAAAUAAGAUUUACAUUGCGAAAUGGAUGCCUCAAAAUGAUAUUUUGGCAAAUCCAAAAGUAAAAGUAUUUAUAACGCACGGAGGACUUUUGGGAACAACAGAAGCGAUUGUUCAUGGCGUGCCAUUAGUCGGAAUUCCAAUAAUGGCGGAUCAAAAUAUGAACAUGGCAAAAGCUGAACUUGCUGGAUAUGGAAUUAAACUUCAGUACACGAAUUUGACGGAAGUUUCGUUAAAAUGGGCUCUCGAUGAAGUAAUUAACAACCCAAAAUAUCGAAAUACUGUCAAAGAAAUGUCAGCGAGAUUUAGAGAUCGCCCUCAAGAUCCUCUUGAAACAGCGAAAUAUUGGAUAGAAUAUGUGAUUAGACACAAAGGUGCUCAUUAUUUAAAGUCUCCUGCAUUGAAGCUAAACACUGUUGAACGCUACAACAUGGAUGUUUAUGCGAUAUUUUUAAUUUUGGGACAAUUGGUGCUUUUUAUCUCGUACAAAAUCUUAUCUUUUGCUUAUUAUUUAAUCUUUGGAGGCAAGAAAAACAACUCAAAGUCAAAGAAGGAAUAAAAUUUUGAUAAAAAA